AUGAACGAAGAGCUGAAGCAGUUGCUUCUUGAAGAUGUCCGAUCGUUCAUCGACCCAAAAGCUCGUUCAUGGUAUGCAAAUCGCGGGCUACCAUAUAGAAGGGGCUACUUGAUGUACGGACGCCCGGGGACCGGAAAAUCCAGCCUCAGCAUGUCCGUUGCGGGUUGUUUCGGACUGGACAUCUACGUUGUCAGUCUUGCCGCAAUCAACGAUGGGCACCUCAAUACCCUGUUCCGGGAGCUUCCUCAACACUGUGUCGUUCUCCUGGAGGACGUUGACGCAGUCGGCACCUCACUAUCUCGAGACUCAUAUGUGGAUGAUUUCGAAUCAGGAUCAGAGGUGUCACGGCGAUCACGGAAACCACACGGAACUGUUUCGCUCUCUGGGCUUCUGAACGUCCUCGACGGCGUGGCUUCGCAGAAUGGACGUGUUCUUAUCAUGACUACAAAUCACGUAGAGCAUCUCGAUCACGCUCUCAUACGAUCAGGUCGCGUUGAUAAGAAAAUCGAACUUCAGCUUGCUGACGCUGAUGUGGCCCGCAAGCUCUUCUGUCAUGUUUUCGAACAGUCGGGAGAAGAGCUUCCUAGUUCAGAAAAGCGAGUCAGCAACAACCAGGAAGUCCGGCAAUUAGCUGUGCAAUUUGCGGGUUUGAUACCUGAGCUUGAGUUCAGCCCUGCUGACAUUCUGUCCUUCCUUCUAGCCAACAGAAACUCACCUUCAGGGGUCUUGAACGAAGUGGAGAGAUGGGUGUCCCGUACUAGAGGGGAGAAAGCGCUGACAAGAGGUGGUUCUUGGGUUCAGAGCGAUUGA